AUGCCCCCCGGUGAACUUCCGGCUAGCCUGGUCGCAGGCAAGCCCCACCCCACGCUGAAUACCUCAGGUUACGGAGGCAGCUACCUCUCCAAGAACACACCAACCUCCCCCGAGGACAGCCUGAUCCCAUUCGACUCUCCAACCACCCGCACCGCAGGGAACAGUCCGUUGAAUCAUAGCCCUUUGAACAACAGCCCGCUGGGUCAGGAUGAUGUUCGCUCAGGUCGUGGCCUCGAACCCGAACAGCCUGGGUAUCGGGACCGCUCCGGGGCCCGUGAUCGUUCGCGUACCAAUGGACGACCUCACAACAAAUCUCCUGGCUCAUCUCGGUUGUGUCAGAAGUGCAAUGAGCCGUUGACCGGCCAAUUUGUUCGAGCUCUCGGUGGUACCUUUCAUCUAGAGUGUUUCAAGUGCGAUGACUGUGGUGAGAUUGUCGCCUCCAAGUUCUUUCCUGUCGACUCUCCAGAUGGGAGCGUUCAAUAUCCACUCUGUGAAACCGACUACUUUAGACGUCUUGGUCUACUCUGCCAUGAGUGCGGCGGUGCACUUCGCGGAUCCUACAUAACGGCAUUAGAACGCAAGUACCAUAUCGAACAUUUCACAUGCUCAGUCUGCCCGACAGUAUUCGGUGCCCAAGAUUCAUACUACGAGCACGAGGGCAAAGUGUACUGUCACUUUCACUACUCCACUCAGUUCGCUCAGCGCUGCCACGGCUGCCAGACCGCCAUACUCAAACAAUUCGUCGAGAUUUUCCGCAACGGCCAGAACCAACAUUGGCAUCCCGAGUGUUACAUGAUCCACAAAUUUUGGAAUGUGCGGCUGUCACCCGCCGGUCAAACGUGGGAGCCUCCUCCAGUGGACGUGGAUGCCAGCCCCGAAGAACGCGAGCGUAUUCGCCAGGAAGAGGAUACGAUGGAAGAGAAAGUUUACAACAUUUGGAGCACACUGUCUACUUUCGAAGAGUCCUCGGCUGCUUGCAUCUCCGAUAUGCUCCUGCACGUUAGCAAUGGUGCCUACAUCGAUGGUGUUCUCAUCGCGAAACGAUUCAUUGGUCAUGUGGAGAUUCUUUUCGGUGCAGUUGACGAAUUGGCCAAUUAUAUCAGAUCUCAAGGAGUAAAGGAUCUUUCAUAUGGCCGCGAGGCGAAACUUCUAUGCAAAAAGAUUGUCGCUUUCUUCUCCCUUCUGUCCAAAACACAAGAGACCGGUGUUCGAAAGCUCGGUGUCACCCAGGAGCUACUUUCCCUUGUGACUGGCCUCGCCCACUAUCUCAAACUCCUUAUUCGUAUCGGCCUUCAGGGUGCUCUGAAGCUUGAGCGUGAGAUGUCAGGACCCGAUGGCCUGCACAGUUUCCUGGGCCAUCUUGGAGAUUUGGAAUCGCUCAUUCCGCCCGAAGAUGAGGAUCAGCCAAUUGACCUUACAGCUGGAGUUGAGGGUCUGGCUGACCAGUUGUCUGAUUGCUGCAUUUCUUGCAAAGAGCCUAUCGACGAUGAAUGCGUUCUUUGGGGAGAGAAGAAUCGCUGGCAUAUCAAGCCGACUCAUCUGUCCUGUUCCUCAUGUGACAAAGACUUAAGCACUGACGUUUCCGACGCCUUGUGGAGCGAAAAUGAAAAGCUCGCCUACUGCUCGGGAUGUGCUCACCAACAAAACCUCAGUUCCAGUGUCCAAGGUGGCUUCAUCCAAGUUUCCAAGUUGCAACAAUUCGUUUUCCUGCUGAGAGUUGCCCUUGCCCGUCUUCUCGCCGUGCUCCGUGCAGGCGGAACUCUGCCUCAGCCCGAUGAUCCUAACUUCGAGAGCAGAGAUGGCGCGCGACCCCUGCCUGCCAAUUCUCGUCACUCGUACGUUCGCCACUCCAUGUCUCAUGGCGCUGGCGGGCCUCGCGAUGGCUUUGAAGAGUCUUCGUUGGAGCAAACUGUUGGCGAGAUGCGCCGACUGCGCUCAAUUCGCAACGAGCGGGCCCUCUCCACAACCUACAAGAAGGCUCGCGCCUCGCGGAUAAUCGAUGGUCCAGAGGGUAGGAGUGCGCGACCUGGGUCGUCUGGUAAUGACGGGAGUGAUCCCAACGGACACGGCUUUCAAAUCGUCGAAGAAAGAGAUGCCAACGGCGAAACAGUCAAAGACCUGACAUUUGGCAACCAGGAUGCACUCACAUUGGAUGAUAUCCCACGUAUUGUUGCCGCGGAGCAAGCCAAAGAACAGCGCCCUAAUGCAUAUAGGCAUGCUGGUACUAAACUCGUCGAUGCCGGGGAGCCAAUGGCCCGGUAUAGGCCUAGUCACGGACGCAACAUGUCUGACGGCAACAUAAACAACUUGUUGGUCGAGCCUGCAACUCGGACCAAGCGAUACUUCUCUGAGCUUAGCGCUCUGGAAUACUUUAUCGUCCGCCAUGUUGCUGUUUUGUCCAUGGAGCCAUUGCUGGAAGGUCAGUUCACCAUGGAGGAGCUGCUCUCUCUCAUCGAGUCACGGAAGCCGACGGCUUGGGGUAUCUUCGGUCGCGCAUUCAAAGACGAGAAAAAGAAGGGCAAGAAGAAGGGUGUCUUCGGAGUUAGCCUGGAAGCCUUGCUGGAGAAGGAAGGUACUGAAUCCAGCCACGGCGUGGGUCCGGGUGCUCUGCGGAUUCCCGCUGUCGUGGACGACGCGGUCUCAGCAAUGCGCCAAAUGGACAUGUCCGUCGAGGGUGUCUUCCGGAAAAAUGGAAACAUCCGACGACUGAAGGACCUAUCCGAGAUGAUCGACAACAGAUAUGACCAAGUCGACAUGAGCAAGGAAAAUCCAGUCCAGAUUGCAGCCCUCCUGAAGAAAUUCCUUCGUGAGAUGCCCGACCCAUUGAUGACCUUCAAGCUUCACCGGCUGUUUGUUACUGCACAAAAAUUACCCGACCCUGAGAAGGGCAAGCGAGUGCUCCAUCUUGCAUGCUGUCUUCUGCCCAAGGCUCACCGUGAUACGAUGGAGGUUCUCUUCACUUUCUUGAACUGGACAUCAUCCUUCUCCCAUGUGGACGAGGAGUCUGGAAGCAAGAUGGAUAUUCACAACUUGGCUACCGUGAUGACACCUAACAUCUUGUACCCUAAUUCCAAGAACAGCACGGUGGAUGAGAGUUUCCAGGCCAUCGAGGCAGUCAACGCUCUUAUUGCGUACAAUGACACCAUGUGUGAGAUUCCGGACGAUCUCCAGGGUAUUCUGAGCGACCCCACGCUCUUCAAGGAGAACGCCAAGGUCACGACGAAAGAAAUUCUCAAGCGCUACGGAGACAUUGCUCGUGGUAGCUUUUCUCCCAAGCCAGAGAACGGCGGUGAGACUUUCACAAUCACCAACUCUAACCGCAACAACACUACGCCCGCCGCUUCGGCCCGUAUUGAAGGCGAUCCGUCUCAGGAUGCAGCAUGGCAGAUGCAAAGCUCGGUUCGACACGUUGGAGGUCCUAGCCAUUCUCAUUCGAAUAGUAAUGCCCCGCAAGCGCAAACCGGCUUUGAUUUCAAUCCUCCGCAGCCGGCCUACCAUCGUGAGCGCAGCGGCAGCAACGGAAGCCAACCGUCUGAUGGACAGCAACAAAACCUCUCAUAUCGAACUCGACCCGGUCAAGGCGCUAUGGGAGUUACUGGCUAG